UUCCACAGGCUCCUAUGAAUGCAGAGCGAAGAGGUCCUGUAUGUCCAGAGUGCUGUCACUGUUAGCUCUGCCUCUGUCAGAAGUCUGCCUAAGUUCACGAAGUAAAACGAUUGAGCGAGAAAGGCAAGGUUCUUGGUGAUUACAUAGUCUCCCGAAAGCAAGACCCAUGUAACCAGAUUUUUCAAGCUCAUAUCCAUUUUUGGAAGAAUACAGUUGCGAGGGAACGUGUUUGCAAUACAGGAGCGCUACAUCGUAAAGUACUUCCUGGUUAGAUUAUGUGACCCUAUUUCGCUAUCGUUCUUAAGUUCUUAGACUUUGACGAUCAUGGAUCCCUCAGAGACUAAAAAACGUGAUUCGUCCGUCGACGGCAGAGAGGACACAAUGGGAAAGAGGAAGAAACGGCAGCCCGAGGAAACUCACACGAACGGCAGCGUGAAGGAAGGACCAGAAGAACCCUUAGCAAAUGGGGGCACUCACUGGGAACUUCUACCCAACGGCACCUCGGUCAACGGCAAAGACGAUUCUUCGGGCGAAGUCUGCGAAGGCCCUUACAAAGGCAUCGACUUGAGCUUCGAUGGCUUGACGACCUCGUCCCUGAAGUGGCGGAAGAUCAGGCGAGAGAACCUGGAUCUAGAUUACGAUUUGUUUUCGAGGGGCCUGGCCGACGCCCUCUUCGACGUCCUCGAGGAGGAGGUCGAGUACUUCUCGGGAGAUCUGGCCAAGGUUCGCGUCUUUGGAAAGUGGCGUAGCAUACCCAGGAAGCAGGGUACGUACGGUGACGAGGGCCUCAGUUAUCGCUAUAGCGGGAUCCUUACCCCAGCUCGACCUUGGCCGCGACCUCUGAGAGCCAUUCGUGACCUCCUCGUUCGGGUCACUGGACACGCUUUCAACUUUGUACUCGUGAACAGGUACCAGGACGGGAACGACCACAUGGGGGAACACAAGGAUGAUGAGAAAGAACUGGAUCGGUCGGCUCCCAUUGCAUCCAUAACCUUGGGCCAACCUAGGGACUUCUAUUUCAAACACCAGGAUGCGAGAGGUCGCAAUAAGAAGUUUAUUGAUAAAGUGAAUAUAGUCCUCGAGCACGGAAGCCUCCUGAUGAUGAACUACCCAACCAACAACUAUUGGUACCACGCGCUGCCCACCCGCAAGGCUGUGCACGGGCCAAGAAUUAACCUGACGUUCAGGACCCUAAUUCAGAAAUAAAGGUCGUACCUGUAGUGUAGGAUGUUACGGGCAUUCAACGUGGUCGAAGACGCAUGUCUGCAUUCACCCUGCUUUGCCAAAGGAAUUCUGAACUGAGUGUUUCGUUAGUGACAUAAAUGGCACCCGCAAUUUAAUGCUGUUUAUAAUUAUAUAUAAAUUUUGUAAGAACAUGAGGCUUGGUUCAAAUCCACUUGGUGUGUUUCCACAUCUGGUGUCGCAUCAGUGACAGCACUCACCGGACGAGACAUGGCACUUCUGUAUUUUCGAAAAUGAAAAAAAAAAAAUUUUGGCCUUUUUUUGCUUGUUUGUAAAUAUCCUUUUGAGUGAGUUACUGCAGUACAUGUAUAUUUCAAAUAUAUUCAUAGAAAUGAA